UGAAAACUAAAGUGGCACUCUCAUGCUGAUCUGUGCGUGGUUAGACAGUGAGCUACAAGACAUUAAAGACCAUCAAGAUGAUAAAAAUAUCUGCUAUAAUGAUGCUUUUCAUUAAGCUGUCACUCACUUUUGCACAGUCAGGUGGAACCUCCUUUACGAUCUACAAUGCACACAAGAACAGAUGCCUGGGAGACAACCUGAGAGAGUUGUUUCCGUGCAACCCUCAGAGCCCGAGACAGCAGUUCCGCUGGACAUCAGAGAACCGCAUCUUUAAUGUUGAGCAGAAGAAAUGCCUUGGCACAGGCAGCAAGAGUGAGGGCAAUAAACUGCAGUGGUACAUCUGUGAUGCCAACAAUGACCUGCAGAAGUGGGAGUGCCAGAGCGACUCACUGUUCGGCCUGAAGAAUGAGUCUCUUUACUUGUCUCUUCAGGGAGAUUCUCAUCUACUAACACUCUCCAAAGACCCAGGAGACAAGGGCAGAUGGACGAUUCAUGGAACGACGGACGACAAUGUUUGCUCCAGCCCAUAUGAAGAAAUGUACUCGAUCAAAGGCAAUGCCCUCGGACAGCCGUGUCAUUUCCCAUUCCAUUUCAAGAACAAAUGGUACACAGAAUGCACAACAGAAGGCCGAUCAUCUAAUCAUCUGUGGUGUGCAAUUGAAAGGGAAUAUGAACCUAAUCAACUCUGGGGUUAUUGCCCAACACAGCAAAUGGGUAGCGACUUCUGGAGGAAGAGUCCUCUGACAGAUGUCUAUUACCAGCUGAAUGAAGGGUCUGCACUGACCUGGUAUCAGGCCAGGAAGAGCUGUCAGCAGCAGGGGGGAGACCUGCUGAGCAUCACCGAACCCCAUGAACAGACCUUCAUAUCAGGAUUGACUGAUAACACAGGUCCAGUAUUGUGGACAGGGCUGAAUAAUUUAGAUGCAUCAAGUGGAUGGCACUGGGUCAAUGGACAACCUUUACGUUAUCUCAGAUGGCUGAGUGGUCAGCCAUCUUCUACACCAAGCCACAGCUGUGGGGUGUUAAGUCAACUCCAUGGCUCUGAAUGGUCCACUGCUGUUUGUUCUGAGAGACAUGGGUAUAUCUGCCAGACAGGUCUCCCCACUCCCACUGUUCCAGCAGCGGUGCACUCAGGUUUUUGCCACAGUCCGUGGAUCCCUUACUCAGGCCAUUGCUACUUCCUCAAUCGUACCACGACAACGUGGCUGGAGGCCAGAGACUCCUGUCGGCGAAAAGGUGGAGAUUUGCUGAGCAUUCUCAGUGUAGAAGAGCAAAGCUUCAUCAUCUCACAACUUGGAUACUCAAAAACAGAUGAGCUGUGGAUCGGUUUUAAUGACCUCAAGACUUCAAUGCUGUUUGAGUGGAGUGACCACUCCAGUGUCACAUUUGCCCUGUGGGACACGAAAGAGCCGAGCCACUAUGCUGGCCUUAAAGAAGACUGUGUGUUAAUGAGAGGAGAGGAGGGAAAAUGGGCUGACCACAUCUGUCAGAACAAGUAUGGAUACAUCUGUAAGAAAAACACCUAUUCAGAUUCAUCCACUCUUGUCACAAGCCCAGGCUGCAAACCUGGUUGGAUGCGGUUUGGUUACUACUGCUAUCUCACAGGAUCAGAAACUAAAACCUUUGAAGAGGCCAAGCAGAUGUGUGAGAAAACUGGAUCUUAUUUAGCCGACAUUACAGACAGGUUUGAAAACGCCUUCCUGAUCAGUCUAAUUGGAGACCGACCAGAAAUGCACUUCUGGAUUGGUCUAUCUAACCAGAAGAAUCAAGACAGUUUUGAGUGGACAAACACAGAAAAGGUUUUAUUUACCCACUUCAAUAAUGACUUGCCAGGAGGGAAACAAGGCUGCGUUGCCAUGAGAACGGGAAUACUUGCUGGAUUAUGGGAUGUGCUAAAAUGCACUAAUCAAGAGAAAUAUAUCUGCAAGCAGAAAGCUGAGGGAGUGAUCACAACUCCAGCACCGCCAACCACUCAAGCUCUUGGCUGCAGCGAGGGCUGGUAUCCCCUCACAAACAGAGAUCACUGUUUCAAGGAAAAUGGCGGUGUUGUCAGUGGACAGUUGUAUAAGGUGGAAAAGGCCCAACGAAAGACAUGGUCUGAGGCUCGGGAUUUCUGUCGGGAAACUGGGGGGGAUCUGCUCAGUCUCCACAGCACUGAUGAAAUUCCAAAGUAUCUCCGUACUUCUUAUCCAUUAGAGGCAUGGAUUGGCUACAGCAUCCAGGAUCCCUCUGUUGGUUAUACAUGGAGCGAUGGUUCUGCUUCAUCCUAUAGUAGCUGGUCACAAGGGGAGCCAAGCAAUAUAAACAGUGAAAAGUGUGUUAAAAUGCAUUUCAUUGCAAUGUAUUAUACUAAUUGGAAGGAAAAAGAACAAUGGAUUGGUGUGCAUUGUGAAGACAGAGAGCACUGGUAUUGUGAGAUACAAAAAGGCGUAACACCGAAGGAAGUAAACAUUCCACAUAAAACAUACAAUAAAACAGAUGACGGCUGGAUUAUAUUUAAGAACAAUCAAUAUUAUUUCUGUGCUGACCCUUUUAACCAUAUGGCUAAAGGACGGAGCUUCUGUAAACACAGACAUGGUGAUCUUGUGGUCAUUAAUGAUGAAGAGGAGAGACUGUUUGUAUGGCACCAGAUGAAAGAAAGAUAUCGCAACUUUUAUAUUGGAAUGUAUAUUGAUCUGGACAAGUCGCUUUCGUGGAUGGAUGGAUCACCAGUACUGUUCCAGGCAUGGGCACAAAACCAGCCAGCCUUCUUGAACAAUGAUGAACACUGUGUAAAGAUGACUCACUCUCAAGGGCUUUGGCAAAGUGUGAACUGUGGUGAUGGAGCGGGCUUUGUCUGUAAACGGAGUGGCUCUGUCCCGAUAAAUGCUGCUGCAGCCCCUACUGAACCCCCCAAAGGGGGCUGUGCUCCUGACUGGGUGAAAUUUCAGGAAAAGUGUUAUAAGAUAGGACUGGACCUGAAAACAUGGACUGAAGCCAGAUCAUACUGUAGACAACUUGGAGGAAAUCUAGCUUCUAUUACCAGUACAAUUCAGCAAACCUUCUUAACCUCAAGGAUGGGUGAUGCUAACAUGCCAGAUUUAUGGGUUGGCUUGAAUAAUUUGGUAGAGGACAGACUUAGAUGGACAGAUGGAAGUGCUGUUUGGCACACAGAGUUUGCAGCUUCAGAAGGUGGCAAUAUCAAGUGGGAUUACUCGAGAGACGAAUAUCUGAAAAGUACUAAGCCUCAAAUUUGUGUAGUAAUGGGAGGCGUGCAAAGGCCAAACUUGGGAAAGUGGGUGACAAAAAACUGUAAUGAUACCAGCGGUUACAUCUGCAGCCAAGCUGUUGAUCACUUCAUUGAACCAAGCUCCACAGAGGUGUCCAAAACUUUUAUCAGGUUUGGAAAUUCUUACUACAUGCUGGUUCAAACAAACUUGACCUGGCAGGAAGCAGAGCUUUACUGUGAAGCUGAGGGGGCAAAACUGGCCAGCAUUCGAGAUGCCUUCACCGAGGCCUACAUAGACCUGCAGACCUAUAAGCUCAGACAACCCCUAUGGAUUGGCCUUAACAGCUUGGAGACAGAUGGAUACUUCCACUGGAUCGAUAAGUGGGAAUUAAAUAUGGUGAGGUGGGGCUCCAAUGAACCAAAGAAGGACCGUCCCUGUGUUUACGUGGAUGUAGGUGGAACAUGGAAAUCUGCUCAAUGCAAUCAAACCCUCUACAGUGUGUGUAAGAAAUCAGCAGACAUUGCUCCAACUCCACCAGCUCACUAUUUAGGCGUGUGCCCCAAUCAAACCGAAGAAGAACCAACGAUGACAUGGCUGCCUUUUAAAGGGAACUGCUAUGCAUUUGUAAAGCGAUCAGUACCAUGGAACACAGCUUCUCAAAUCUGUAUGUCGAGAGGAACUAAUCUUGUUAGCAUUUUGGAUCCAAUGGAGGAGAAUUUUCUAGACACAUACAUUAAGUUUUUCGGUGAUGAUUACAGACAUUUCUGGAUGGGUCUAUUCAAGAACCAUGCAGGUCAAUGGCUGUGGGUGGACAAAAGUGUGUUGAGUUACUUUAAACUGAGACAAAUGAUAGCCGACCAUGAAUUUCUUCACUUACGAAUUCAUGAGUCGACCCUUGACUGUGCAUCAUUUGCAGCAAGUGGAACAUGGCAAAAACAGCACUGUGAAGAUCACGCACCCUUCAUUUGCAAAACGGCCAAAGUUAUACUGCCACCCACAAAAAUGGCAAACACAGGUAAAGAUGAACCACAUCGGGCAUUUACUGGUGUGUCGGCAGUCGUGGUGAUUGUGGUGGUGUGUGCACUGGCUGGAAUGGCCUACGUUUACCACAGAUGCUCCAGAAGAUAGGCUACUGCUCCAGUGAUAGACCUGGUGGAUCAGGAGAGCUAACAUGUAUGCUAAUAAAUGGGCUUCUAUUUCAUAA